UGUAUGAUAGCGUAAACGUAUCUGCAGAUACCAUAUUCCAUAUCAUAUCAUAUUCCCUAAUAUAUUUAUGUUAUUAAAAAUGUUGUGCUGUCUACCUGUUUCUACUUCAACACCAGAAAGGUCUUUUUCUGGCUUAAAAAGAAUAAAAACCUACCUCAGAAACAGUAUGAAAGAGGAUCGUCUCGAUGGUUUAGUGUUACUGAGUUAUUAUAGGAAUGUUGUUAUCACGCCAGAUGAAGUAUUAAAUGAAAUGGCAAAGAAGCCGAGAAAAAUUGACUUAGUGUAUAAUGAAAAUAUAAUGUUUUAUUCUCACUAUUUUGAUGUUUUACUCAAUGUAAUUUCCUAUAGUAAUAUCCUCUAUAAAAUUUCUAUCUAUGGAACUGAACCUUCCCCAUAG